GAUGUAGCGAGGGGCUGAGCGGGCGGCGGCCCCGGCUGCGUCAGAGAUGUGUAAACACCGCCGCGGUGCCCGCCGCUAUUUAAGGGGCCGAGGCUGAAUCUCCCCUGACUUCCCUGCCUGGGCACACACGGGACUCGCUACUCCCAACUCGAGUCGGACCUUGGGAAACCGCAGCGGAAAGCAAUGUACAGAGGUAUUUGCAUCUGUGUGUUCCUGGCUGUGCUCUCGGUGAGCUGUUUCGGACAGCAAACCAUGGGCUCGCACAAUGGGAAUCCCCUGGCUGCUGAGCUUGAGCAGAGCUUGACAGAACAUCACCGGCAUAUCCGCGCCCCUUCGUCCACUGGGCCGCUAAAAUCCAUGGCACGGCUGGAUGGAAGCAUCGACCAAAGAGCCAACAUUGGUGCCUUGCUGGCCAAGUAUCUCCAGCAAGCCAGAAAAGGUUCCCCUGGAAGACUCUCAGUUAUGGGAAACAGGGUACAGAGCAUUGAUCCUACUCACAGGAUAAAUGACAGAGACUACAUGGGCUGGAUGGAUUUUGGACGCCGCAGUGCUGAAGAAUAUGAGUACUCUUCCUGAAGAACGGCAAACUAUAGUAACAGAAAAUCACACUCCCAUGUCUGUACAGAAAGAGAGAAAUCAAUUUGUUGUCCUCUUCAAAUCAGUGUUUUAAAAUAUUUAAAAUCAUGUAUCUGAUGUAAAUUUUUCUGUAAGACUAUUCAAUGCAAUAUAUACAUAUGCAGAAUUUUCCAGAAAAUGUUUUCUUUCUUUUGUGGUUUCUCAUACAUUGAUACUAUAUUAAAAUGAUUUCACUUAUCCCUUCUUGUCCUG